UUUGUAUGGGCGUAUAUGGAACGGUCUUCAAACGAAGAUCCUAAGCAAAACAAAUAUCUUUUGUGGACUGACCGGAUCACGACCUAAUCUUUUUAUCGGAAUAUUUUACUACUUCCGCUAUUCUGUUGCCAACGGAGAAUCCAGCACCGGGUCCGUAGGCAAAAUGUCUGCAAAAUGGAUCUGUGUUCGCCGCCGACAAGACGAGUGUCGCCGUUAUCUCGAUCAGUUCAAAGUGUUCGAUCACCCUUUGAAGCAGUCCACUAUUACGGUUCUGGAAUGUCGCGGAACAAGGACCAAAGUCUCGAUGAUUGCGACUGGUGCAGCAGCCGGGGCCGCGGCCGCAAACAGUAACAACAGUCUCAACCCGAUGGUGGCAGCUGCAGCAACAACAACCCUGUCGCUCGAUCCACUCAGUCUGGCCUUCGACGGGUCGGAUCCGUUAAGUCAGUUCGCAAAGCAGCAAGAAACCUCGCUGGGAAAGGACCCGUUGUCGCGAAUGGUAGCGGAGAUGGACGAUCUUACGGUCACUCCUAGCUCCACCCCGGACCCAACUGCUAGUGGUAAGCCACCGAAGGAGCCGGCAAAUUUACUCGAAAUGGAUCUCAUCGAGCCAUGGGCCGCGCGCCGCGGUGCCAUUCUGAAUAAGUACACCACCUCCGAGAAGCUGUCGAUCGUGACCAGCUUUCUGACGGGUGGUGAAUCGAUCAAGCCACAGACGACGAUGUCGGAGAAGGUCAAAUAUCGACUGGAACAGUUGGAUGACUUCGACGAGGGCAGCGUGCGCCAGAUGCUCGACCUGUCGCAACAGGAGUAUGUGGUCAAGAUCGAGCAACUGAACCACGAGCUAGUGCAAGCCUGGAAUCAGGAUCAACGCGUCAAGGCGCUGAAGAUUGCGAUCCAGUGCUCGAAGCUGCUGUCCGAUACGUCCGUUAUCCAGUUCUACCCGUCGAAGUUUGUCCUCAUCACCGACAUUCUCGAUAUCUUCGGUCGCCUAGUAUAUGAGCGUUUGCGAACGAAAGCCGAAUACGUGAGGCCGGGUUCGCGGGAAGCCACUUCGCUGCCUGAAAACUUCACCCCCGAGAUGGUACCGGAAACGGCAAAAGAAACGUGCCAAAAUUGGUUCUAUAAGAUUGCCUCGAUCCGUGAGCUACUGCCGCGUCUGUACGUCGAGAUCGCCAUUUUGAAGUGUUACAGUUUCUUGGCUCGCGACGAGUUCAGCGAGGCACUACGCCGUCUAACGAAGAUGAUCCGUGGAAUCGGUGAUCCGUUGGUUGCAAUUUACGCCCGAUGUUACCUAUGCCGUGUCGGCAUGGGGCUGACACUCGAUCGCACGUACAUUCGUGAAAAUCUGGACGAUGUUCUUGUGGUUUACCAUACGAUCUUCAAUGGUGGCAUUCGAUCGGAGAUCGCACGGCACCGCAUCACGCUCAACGUUUAUAUCUCACUCUACCUACCGGCGCUGGAUUGGAUCCUGCAGGGUGUCACCAUUCUCACCACCGAUAGCCAGCUGGACGAGAUACUGCAGCGUUGCACGGAAAAGAAAAACCCGGCCCUGCUGCUCCAAUCGGCUAUGCAAUCAUUUCGCUCGGAUUUCAUUGCUGGACGAGCUUGUCAGCUAGUGCAAAUCAUUGCUUCCACCUCGGAGGAAGGUCUUUCAAGGGCUCAGCUGCUUAGGCUGCUCGGUAGCAUUCUCAGCCACACGCCUCCACCAACUGAGCAGAGGGCGGCAGUGCUGACUAACGCUUGGAAGACCAUUAGCACGAUGGGGUGCGUCGAAGACUACAUUCAGUGCGCGGAAAUGUGGGCCCAGUACACAAGUCAGCACUUUGGGCUGCGCGAGAUCGAUUCCUUUAUGGGUGACAUCCUGCAACACAUGACACCGAACCGAGCCUAUGAGCAGCACUACCACGAGCUGCAGGUGAUCGUAGAUAAGAUCGUCUCUAAUACACAAGACAUUCAUGGUGUAAUGGCACUGGAUAAUUUUCUUCCUCUGCUCGACCUCUUCCAAAAAGAAUCCAUCAAGCUGGAAGUGUGCAAAAAUAUUCUCACAAGCUACCGUAACGCAUCGGCUAGCGAUACGGCAAUCAUCAAUGAUCCGGUCGUCACCAACGCACUAAUGCACAUCGGCCGCGUACUAAACGACUCCGUAAACGCUCUUACUGGAGAGGACGAGCGGCGACAGAUUAGCGGGCUAAUUUGUCAUUUCGUGCGAAAGGUAGAUUUUGGACGUGAUUUUGAGCAACAAUUGGCGUUCUACGUCGAGGCGCGUUCCGUACUUUCCAAUCUGGAUUCCGCCCUUUCUACACUCAUACAUUCCGUUAACCGGUUGGCAACGAGUACACGCAGGAUUGUGCGCGGUCAGCACACGCAAAAGACUGGUGCCUUCGUAAAGGCUUGCGUGGCGUACUGCUUUAUCACAAUCCCCUCCAUAAUUGACGUGCGAACACGCAUGGAGCUGUACUUGCAGUCUGGGCAGGUUGCACUAUUGAACGUGUGCCUGCAACAGGCCGAUUCGUGCUUCGAAGCGGCCCUUAAUCUCAUUCCCGAAGUGCCACGGAUGGUGGAGAUCGAUGGAAAACUGCAAUCCACCGAAGGGUUCCUUAAGACGUACGUCGUCAACUUCCUCUCAACACUCGUGAUCGUUCCGGAUAAUCCAACGCAGGGUGUAUUGUAUCUUCUCCGGCUACUACUGGAUGUCGUGCCUAGAUACCCCUUCGAGCCGAACUCGAAUACCCUAUCGAGCAUCUACUUGCACGUCUUAGACUUUCUUUCAGUGGCAGCACAGGAGGUGUACCCGUACCACAUUGUCAAUGUUAUUUCCAAUGAUGAACUGUACGGUUCCGAUCCAAAGUUUAUCGCCGAAGUGAACGAGCUAUGUUGCACCGUUUGUGACAAAUUGUUGAACCUGCUCAAGGAGCUGCUCGAUGCGAACGCUCAUCGUGCCCAGUCACAGUUGGCACUGGAUCUCUUCCUCAAGAUCAUUACCGGGGCUGAUCUGACGGUGGACAAAAUGUUCACCUUAACCUACAACCUUUGGAACUUGGCGGUUAAAAACCGGAACGUUCUCGAUGCGAAGCAAUUGCAAUCUGUGCUUUCAUAUACCGAACACUUGGCCGAGGUCACGCAGAUACAAACGCAACACCAUUGUCUAGUAGCUUUGCUGGAAAAAAUGAAGUCAAGACUGUAAAUGUGUGCGCUCGUCGGUCCAACCGGCGACAACAACGUACUCCCAGUGACAAAGAAAACAUAAAUUGUUAUACCAUAUUGGAUUAAAAUAAAGUAUUUACCAUAUUAACCGGAAGCAUUACUAC